UCUGACGUCCCAGUUCCGACUUCCGAGGUUCCGCAGCAUUUAUCCUUUGUUCUCUGUUCGUCAGCAGCCCAGAAGCGGGAGUGUUGAUAAAGCUGUAAGAGAGCUGCAGCAGCAGCAGUUGAUGAACUCUGGAAAGAAGUCCAGCAGCUUGAGGAACAUCUGGUCAAAGAAACUGGAGGGAAGCAGGAGCUCAAACAGCGGCAGGACGCAGCAGAGGAAGAGACACCAGAUGAUGGAUGAUGUUUUCCAGCCCAGAUUAGUGCUGCCAGCAGAUGUUAAAGAAGAGGCUCCUGAAGAACAGAGUCCUGAUGUGGAUCAGCAGGAGCCAGAGCCCCUCCAGAUAAAGGAGGAACAGGAGGAACUCUGGACCAGUCAGGAAGGAGAGCAGCUCACUGUGAAGGAGGAGACUGAUACCAGGUUUCCAUUAACUGCAGCUCCUAUCAAGAAUGUUAAAGAAGAGGCUCCUGAAGAACAGAGUCCUGAUCUGGACCAGCAGAAGCUGGAGCCCCUCAACAUAAAGGAGGAAAAUGAAAGAAUCUGGGCCAGCCAGGAUGAAGAACAACUGAAUGUGAAGAAGGAGACUGAUUAUACCAGGUUUCCAUUAACUGUUCAUAUGAAGAGUGAAGAGGUAGAAGAGAAACCUCUGCUCUCUCAGCUUCAUCAACACAAAACAGAGGAGGGAGAUCUUCCAAGAAGCAUCUCAACUGACCAGAUAAAAGUAGAAAUUAAAGAAGAAGCCUGUGGGACAUCAGUAUCCAGCAGGAACCCAGAUCUAAAUACUCAUGGAGGCUCUUCCAACUAUUCUGAAACUGAAGAUAGUGAAGAUGAUGAAGAGGAUGAUGAUGUGAAGCAUCAUAAAUCUGAGCUUAAACACUUAUCAGACUCUGAAACUGAAGACAGUGAGGAUGAUUGGAAGGAGAGCAGGACUCCAGGAUCAGGCAGAAACGCUGUCAACAAAUCUUUGAGCUGCUCUGAGUGUGGGGGAAAAUUUGCUAACAGACGCUCUCUUCAGAGUCACAUGACAUGUCAUCCAAGAUUAACGUCUUCAGAUUGUUCUGGUAAUGAGACAUGUUUCAGAGAAAAGAAAAACAUAGAUUCACUGACAAAGUUUCAGACGGGUAGUAAAGAUUUUAACUGUAGUGAGUGUGGUAAAAGUUUUAACUUGAAACAAGAUCUCAAAAGGCACACAAACGUCCACACAGGAGACAAACCUUUAAUUUGCGAUGCAUCUGGAACAAGAUUUACCUACAAGUCAAGUUUAGGCAAACACAUCAGUAUUCAGACAGGAUACAAACCCUUUAGUUGUGAUACAUGUGGAAAAAGAUUUGCCUUCAAGUCACAAUUAAACAGACACAUGAGAAUCCACACAGGAGACAAACCUGUUAUUUGUGAUGCGUGUGGAAAAAGAUUUGCCUUCAAGUCAGAUUUAAACAAACACAUGAGAAUUCACACAGGAGACAAACCUUUUAGUUGUGAUGCAUGUGGAAAAAAAUUUGCCUGCAAGUCACAAUUAAACAGACACAUGAGAAUCCACACAGGAGACAAACCUGUUAGUUGUGAUGCAUGUGGAAGAAAAUUUGCCUUCAAGUCAGAUUUAAACACACACAUGAGAAUUCAUACAGGAGACAAACCUUUUAGUUGUGAUGCAUGUGGAAGAAGAUUUGCCUUCAAGUCAGAUUUAAACAAACACAUGAGAAUUCACACAGGAGACAAACCUUUUAGUUGUGAUGCAUGUGGAAAAAGAUUUGCCUACAAGUCAUAUUUAAACACACACAUGAGAAUCCACACAGGAGACAAACCUUUUAGUUGUGAUGCAUGUGGAAAAAGAUUUAUCACCAAGUCACUAUUAAACACGCACAAGAGAAUUCACACUGGAAAUAAACCCUUUGGUUAAGAUCUUUGUGUGGACUGUUUUGGUUUCAAGUCACAAUAAAACAAAUGCAAGAAUCCAAACUGGAGAGAAACCUUUUGGUUGUGAUGAAUGUGGUAAAAACUUUACCUUCAAGUCAAAUCUAAACCAGGAUGAUAGAAUUUACAGAAAAGACAAACCCAUUGCUAGUUAUGUUUGCCAGGGCCUCCAUUCAGCCUAGGGUUUUAACAGAUUUAAAUAAGAGUGUUUCAUCGCACAUAGGUUGGUUUUAUGGAUUACAGACUUUUUAACAGGUAGAGUCCAGCAGGUUCAACACUCUCUGACAAAACAAUUACCAGCACAAGCUCUCCUCAGGGAUGUGUUUUAUCUUCAUUGUUAUUCACCUUGUACACAGACUCCUGCAAAAGCACUUUCCCUAAUAGACAUUUAAUUAAAAAUGCUGACGACAUGGCCCUUUUAGACGACAAAGGAGAGGAGCAUGGACAAGUUCAGGCCUUUUCACUAAUUGGUGCAAAAGAUUCAAGUUGCUAUUGACUUCAGGAAGCUUCAGUCAUUCUCCUCAAUCAUCAUCGAUGGAGAUCAAAUUGAGACUAAUGCUAGAAGUACCUGGGCAUGGUUCUGGACUGCCAUCUAAGGUGAGACUCAUGGGCUGACAGGGCAACUUAACGUCCUUAGAAUGUCCUUGACUUCUGUUCAUCAGAACAGUCCACUUAAGAGGCAGUGUCUUGUUAAAGAAAAUUAGUUUAGGAUAAAACAACCUAAAUACUGUUAAUUUCAUUGUGCUUAGCUUUUGUUUGUGGUAGUAUGAGGCUACCUGGUGAAGCUAAUCUGAACAGGCCUCUAAGCUUUAAGGCUCGUUUUAUUUGUUCUGUGUUUUAAAGUUGAAACAAAUGUUAUUUCAAUGAGAUGUUUUAAACAAUGAUGGUCCAGUAAUGGGAGUUUGCUCCAUUUUAUCUGUGUUUUUGUAUAAUCGCUUUGAACUAACCUGCUAAAAAUGUGUUCCAGUACUGCUUAAAAAAUGCUAAAGGUUGUCUUUGCUAGCGGCUAACAGGCUAAUAGCCUUGCUUAUAAACAUGGUAUACAGCUUUGUUUACAACAGAGCUUGUCUCAUUCGCUCCGUAAUCGUUGGAUAACGCACCAUCAAUGCUUGUAUACACAUUAAUAUUUGUAUAGUAUGGUAAUUAAAAUAACGUAUACAAUUACUGAAUAAGGUAUUUUCUUUGUCUUAGCAGCUGGUGACCUAGAUGUGAAUCACCACAUCUCUCCAUCCGUCCAUUGGCGGUUCGCCCCCUGGCGUCUUCAAAUAAAGUUUCUCACUUCCAUUUUAAGCGGUAAUAACUCUGUUCAGCCAUGUGCUGAAGAAUAAUUACAUACCAUUGAAAAUAAAUUGUCCCAAAAGGUUAUAGAUUUCUAAUUUGGGAAGUUAUUCUUUUGAAAAUUAUUUUAUUAAAAUAAUGUUUUACUUACCUUCUGUUUUGUGUUGUGACUGGUUGUUUGAACAUAUACCAGUUGUUGCUCUUAAUUACUUUUAAAACUAAUUUGACCUCAUUUCCAGAUUCCUCAAAAUAAAUCCAGGUCCUUAAACCUAAAUAUCAACACUGAACUAUGACAUCAUUGCAUCAAUUUUCUUGGUCCCCUUUUAUCUUUUAUUUGUAUAUUAUUUCAUUAGUUUCUGUAUCCCUUUAUUUUGUUUGGUAAUUUUAGUUGAAUAGUUGUAGUCUAGUGUUUUUUAAUUGACAUAUUUUAACUUAGAGUUGGUUUUUUUGCGUUAAAUUCUCACAUUUUGAAGAGAAGGUGCGGUGAAUUGAUUCCAUAUGUAUGCAGAGUUUGCUGGUCAGUAAUGCCAGUGCUCGAAUCACUCUUUCAUCUAUUGUUCUAAUAUCACCACCAUAUUCAGCUGGUAUUCACAGGACAAUACUUGAAAGGCUGGUUAUUUAAUUAAAUAUAAAAUAACAUCAGCUUAUUAUUGCACAACAACAUUUGUUAACCAUGCAGUUACAUCAAAACAUUCUGUUAGCUUUAGCUGUAAUAAAUUUCAUAUCAUCAGUGUCUGUUAACAGCAAUCUGUGAUGAAACAUGGAGUAAAUCCUUCAUUCAAUGUAAUAUUUGACCCGUUUACUCCAUUUGAUUUAUGUUGCUGCUCUGUGUUGGAUGUCUUUCAGACUUGUUUUAUGAUUAUCUGUGAAUAUCCCAAGCUUUCCUCAGUAAAGAUUAUAAUACAGUUUUAAAGUGAAAGUUUAUUGUUCAAAACGAGGGUUUUAAUCCAACCAGAAGCUGUCUUUUCCCUUCUUUUGCCUCAGAAGGAACAAAACACUGAACUCCACUUUGACAAACUUCUUUAAAACUGUUAAAGUUGCACCUCUACAUGGAGUUUGUAUUAAGUCAAUAAAAGUCACAAAUGGCAGAUGUGGCACAAUUAUUGGUUAUAGUUUAUAGAGCUCUCUUUACCCUACCUGCUUCAUUAAUGACAAAGCUCUGCCAUGAAGUCGUACCUUUUCAUUAAUAAUAUGUAAAGACUGUUGGUUAGUAGCUGAAAAAAAAUCACUGUACCUUAUUAUUCAGUUUUUAACUUUUUGUCCUAUUUUUUACUUUAUUGUUGUUUUAUAUUUUCUUAGCAAAUUAGUCUUACUUUAAAAGAAAUUGUUUUAAUGUUUCCUGACUCCUUUAUUAAUUAGUCUUACUGCAGUAUCUUUGUGUUUAUGUCUUGGUUUUAAAAGGAGCUAUAAAAGCAAGGUUGAAUUGAAUUAAGCUGAAGAUCAAUAAAUUGUAUAUGAAUGAA